UUUUUUUUCUUCCACUCCCCUGUUCACUCCUGUUUCUUUUUUUCUUUUUUACCCGUUUUCUCUUUCAUCGGCUCUUUUUUUUCUUUCUUUCGCUUCUCAUAAAGUCCCAUUUUGUGAUCGCACCACUUUUUCACCUCGAUUUUGUGAUAUAAAAUUUUCUGUCAUGGCUGAAACAACAACUCGUGAUACCUCGGUCUACCUCGCCAAGUUGGCGGAACAAGCAGAACGCUAUGAAGAAAUGGUGGAGCAUAUGAAAACUGUCGCCGCUUCUAGCGAACCUCUUUCCGUAGAAGAGCGUAACCUGUUAAGUGUCGCUUAUAAGAAUGCUAUUGGAGCUCGUCGAGCAUCAUGGCGCAUCGUGACCUCUAUUGAGCAAAAAGAAGAAAGCAAAGGCAACAAAGAACACGUUGAAAGUAUCAAGGGUUAUCGCCAAAAGAUUGAGCAAGAGCUAAAAGGGGUAUGUAACGAUAUCCUUGAAGUACUUGAAAACCAUUUGCUGCGAGAGGGUCUCGCCGCCGAAAGCAAAGUGUUCUAUCUUAAAAUGCAAGGUGAUUAUCUGCGUUAUUUAGCCGAAUUCUUGUCGGGAGAUGAGCGCAAGAAGGUUGCCGAUAAAUCUCACGAGGCAUAUGAAAACGCGAUGAAAGUGGCAGCUGACCUUCCAUCAACGCAUCCGAUCCGUCUUGGUUUGGCUUUGAACUAUUCGGUGUUCCAAUAUGAAAUCGUGGGCUCCCCUAACGAUGCUUGCCGAUUGGCUAAACAAGCGUUUGAUGAUGCCAUUGCCGAUCUUGACACUUUGAACGAAGACAGCUACAAGGACUCUACACUGAUCAUGCAACUUCUCAGAGACAACCUCACGCUCUGGACCAAUGAUUUGCCAUCUGAAGAUAAACGACCAGAGAACGACGAGACAGCUCGCCAAGGCGAAGAAGAGUCCGCUGCUCAAGAGUAAUAAAGCAAUAUUUACAAUGUAUCACUUUAAUCAAAAAGACCAGAUGCAGAAAAUACAACAUCUUCACCCGCACUUUUCCUCCCUUUGUCUGUGCCAUUUUAAAUAUUUGUCUUUUGAAAUAAUCCUAUACUUGUCUUCGAAGCAAGUUUUUUUCCUCCGAGUUGUAAAGCACACGGGUUGAUCAAAUAUGGGAUCCGAAAAACCACGCAUUAAAAGACCACUGGUGCGGUUACCUCGCAUGUCAGAUGUGCAUAUUCAGACAUCGAAGUCGCACAUAUCAUCCCACCGGCUUACAAUAUACAACUCAUUUUACCAAACACUUGUCUGCUUUUCCAAAAAAUACAAUGCUAGUAAAAGACUUAGCUUAGUCCUGUGUAGCCACGAUAUGUCGCCAAUAUUACCAGCGGCAGACACAACAUGUUUUCAUGGAGAU